AUCGCUUACAGACAAGUAGAUAAGGUAGGUGGAGAAGCAACGGCUAUGGUUGUGGAACCAAAACAAUGGCAUCUUCAUCUUCCAUAGUAUCAUCUUCUCUCCUCCCCGCGAGAGCUCAAGUAUUUCGUGGAAACCAACAACUCCAGCUUCUCAAUAAUCGUAAUCUGAAUGGAACGACCUUCAAGAAGAAAGUUUCUUUCCGGGUCCAUGCUGCAAAGCUUCCUGCAGGAGUGGAAUUGCCCAAAGUAGAGCCAAAAUUCAGUGCCCCUUUUCUUGGUUUCACAAAGACAGCUGAAACUUGGAAUUCUAGAGCUUGUAUGAUUGGCCUUAUUGGAACUUUCAUUGUUGAAUUGAUAUUAAACAAGGGAAUACUGCAGAUGAUUGGGGUGGAAAUAGGGAAAGGGCUUGAUCUUCCACUUUGACCAUUUAAUCUGGAUUAUAUAUGCAUGUAACUCAUGUGAUUUUCGGUUUAUUAUUCGUUUCAAGAACUAGUCUUUUGACUGUAAUUGAAAUUUAACUUUUUGUUCUACCUAUAAAUGUAUUUAAUCUUUUACA